CUUUGAAAUUGAAAGGAUUAUAGGCGUUUUUAUGGUGGUAAGGGGGAGUUGGUGAAGAAAAGAUAACGAUAAUAUACCCCUCCUGAAUACUGUUAUGACUUCAUUGAACGGUCUCGCGGGGUUUGUGGUUGCUUUUGACAUAAGCCUGGUUCUCCAUGGGUUGAAUGCGCGUUCACUUCCAUUAUUACUGCUGCAUAUGCCUUAUUGGGUUGCAAAAUUCCAGAACCGCGAAAAUAAUUUCAAAUUAGCUUUAAGUUACGUACCUAUAUUAUCUUUGAAUUUAGUGAUACUUUAUAAACCCAGCUAGUAUCAACUCUAGGUAAUAUAACACGACUUCGGUAAUAAUAUCAAUUUAUUAUUAGG